UUCAUUCAUUCAACUUUCUCUUUCUUUCUCUCUCUCUCUCUCUGCUUUAAUUUGUGUUGGCGUGAAGCAGAAGUCUGAUACAUGGGGAAGAAAGAGCAGCAGCAGAAGCAGAGAGACACAGCAAAAGUUGAAGCGGUUCUUGAGCUCAUCAGAAAACAAACCCAACUCACUGUUAAGCAGGAGAAGUUCUGCAACUAUGCUUGUGUGGAACGCUUUCUGAAACAAAAGGGUGAUAAUGUCAAACGAGCUGCCAAGCAACUCAAGUCUUGCCUUUCUUGGAGAGACUCCAUAGGCACCGAGAAUUUGAUAGCAGAUGAAUUCUCAGCUGAACUGGCUGAUGGUUUGGCUUAUGUGGCUGGCCAUGACGACCAAUCCAGGCCAGUUAUGAUUUUUCGGAUAAAGCAGGACUACCAAAAGAUACAUUCUCAAAAAUGGCUUACUCGGUUGUUGGUGUUCACAAUAGAGGUAGCCAUUUCGGUGAUGCCUAAAAACGCAGAACAAUUUGUGAUUUUGUUGGAUGCAAGCUUUUACAGAUCCGCAUCUGCUUUUAUGAACUUGCUGCUGGCAGCGCUGAAAAUAGUGGGCGACUACUACCCAGGCAGACUCUAUAAAGCAUUUGUCAUAGACCCUCCUUCUCUCUUUGCUUACAUCUGGAAGGGUGUUCGUGCCUUCGUGGAGCUAUCAGCAGCGACCACGGUGGUAUCAUCGUUGGAUUACGAAGAGUCUCUGGAAUACAACGACUUCGCAGCAUAUCACCCGCGAGCCUCGUCUCUCCGAUUCGACCAUUCCACGAUCCAAUCAACGGCCAAGGUUGGCUCAUGCUCCUCCUCGCGCUUCGCCUUCACCGUCUCCCAAUCAUUUGACUCACUCAAGCCGUGGUACCUCAGCAUGGCAGACACGUCAGCAUCCAAAGUUGGGCCCACCAGCCCAUCUCCUAUGAUGGGCCAGGCCCGCAUCUCCCCACUCAAUGCUCGCUCCUUCUCAUUUGCAUCUCCAGCUUCCAGGACGCCACGUGGCGACGCCGCCAGGCUCGCCAGGAAGUCGCUGUUCCCGUCGACGCCUCUGCCGCAGCGCGUGACGCCGAGAGAUCCGAGCGUGAAGGCAGCGAUGCCACGAACUCCGCGGGCGUCGUUUCUGCAGUCGCCGGCGACGUUCUUCCGGAGAGAGGGACACGUGAGCAGAGGAGAGAAGUGCCGGGAAUCGUUCGUGGCUUACUUGAAGUUCUACCGUAGACCCUACGACGAGAUGGUGUACAGGUCAAAGAUGCGACCCCCACUGGGUGGACUCAUCUCCAUCGUCUCUCCUCACAUCAGGCGCCGCCACGUGUCACUCUCUCAACGAUACUGACCUGAAUCAAACAGAGUUUCACAUCGUUGCUCUCUUCUUUUUCAUUUUUUCUUUCGCGAAAGUAAAAAGUAUAUAGUGUAUUUCGAUGAAUUGAAUUAGUAGCUAAUAAUUCAUUAAUUAAAUUUGCUCAA